CUGGGCGUCUGGCUGAGGGUGGGGGCUUGCUUUCGGGCUUGAGAAACGCGACGUCUCAGCUAACCAGCGCGCGGGAAGCCCCCCGGCCGGCCAGUGUCACCAGACAGCGUCACCAUGGGGGCCGUGCUGGGCGCCUUCUCCGUGGCCAGCUGGGUUUCAUGCCUCUGCAGUGGUGCAUCAUGCUUGCUGUGCAGUUGCUGUCCCAACAGUAAGAAUUCCACUGUGACCCGGUUACUCUAUGCUAGUAUUCUUCUCCUGGGCACCAUGGUGUGUUGUCUCAUGAGGACAGAGAGGAUAGAAACUGAGCUGAAGAAGAUUCCUGGAUGGUGUGAAGGAGAAUUUCAAAUGAAGGCGUCUGAUUUAAAGGCGGAAAAAGAUUGUGAUGUGCUGGUCGGUUUUAAAGCUGUGUAUCGGAUUAAUUUCGCCUUGGCCAUCUUUUUCUUUACCUUCUUUUUGCUCAUGCUAAAUGUAAAAACAAGUAAAGAUCUCAGAGCAUCAAUACACAAUGGGUUUUGGUUCUUCAAAAUUGCUGCUAUUAUUGGUAUCAUGGUUGGAUCUUUCUACAUUCCUGGGGGCUAUUUCACUUCAGUCUGGUUUGUAGUUGGCAUGUCCGGAGCCACUUUGUUCAUCCUUAUCCAGCUGGUGCUGUUGGUAGACAUGGCUCACUCUUUGAAUGAAUCAUUGGUAAAUCGUAUGGAAGAAGGAAAUCCAAGGGUCUGGUAUGGGGUUUUGUUCUCUAUUACAAGCUGCUUUUAUAUCGUGUCAAUUGGCAUUGUCGCGGCACUCUAUAUAUUCUACACCAAGCCAGAUGGCUGCACAGAAAACAAGUGCUUCAUCAGUAUUAACCUGAUUUUGUGCAUUGUGGUUUCUCUUAUAUCCAUCCACCCAAAAAUUCAGGAAUACCAGCCUCGUUCAGGCCUCCUUCAGUCCUCUAUAAUUACUGGCUAUACCCUGUACCUCACGUGGUCAGCUAUGACCAAUGAACCUGAUCGUUCCUGCAACCCUUCCUUUUUGAGCAUCAUUACACACUUAACUGCACCAACUUUGGCUCCUGGAAACACGACUGCUGUUGCUCCUACCUCUCCUCCAUCAUCAAACAGUGGACACUUUCUGAGUUUUAAUGAUUUUUUUGUGGUGCUUCUCUGUGGGAUAUGCCUUGUGUACUCUAGCUUCCGUACUUCAAGUCAGGUAAACAAGCUGACCCUGUCGGGGAGCGACAGUGUGAUCCUCAGUGACACCAAUGGAGCCGGUGACGAAGAAGAUGGACAGCUGAGGCGGGCCGUGGACAACGAGAAGGAGGGGGUGCAGUACAGCUACUCCCUGUUCCACCUGAUGCUCUGCUGUGCCUCCUUGUACAUCAUGAUGAUCAUGACCAACUGGUACAGUCCUGAUGCCAAGUUUCAGAACGAUAGCAGCAAGUGGGUAGCUGUGUGGGUCAAAAUCAGCUCCAGCUGGGUCUGCCUGCUCCUUUACGUCUGGACUCUUGUGGCUCCACUUGUCCUCACCGGCCGGGACUUCAGCUGAGCUUCUGAGUGCCAACGACGCUGCUGAAGCUUACAAAGGUCUCCCUUGCUGAAAACUCAAGUUCUUUUAAAAUUUACGUCACCUAAACUGUUACAUGAACGCUUUGCAAAUUUGACUAUAUUCAGGUUUAUAUCAAAGGCAAGAUUGAAUGAUGCUUGAUGCAUAACUGU